AUGAGCAGUUCAAGCCUUUACGAGCCCGAGGAAGACGAAGAUGCGUCUGAUUCCGAUUUCGACGCCGGUCCAGCGCGGCGAACGAACGCCCCUCCUUCUUUCCCGCCAGCCGAGGGGCUGCAACAAUCCUCUGGUGAAGCGAACGAACAGUCUCCGCUAGAGUCAAUAUCCCACACGCGGUCUCAGGCGCUCGAGAGCCUUCGCAUGUCGCUAGCUCAGGAAUCGGUCACGGCGUACGGUAACCUCUUAGAUACGACACCCGAUGAUAAUUCACCUAUUCAAACCGGCGAAAUCGUGUCAACGCCCGCAAAAGAGAAGGAUUACAAAGGGAUUGUUCUAUGGACACCUACUGAGAAGGAGGUGUUCUUCAAUGUACUGGAAAGAAAGGGCAAAAAUGGAAUCACGGAGAUUGCCCAAGCGAUUGAGACAAAAUCGGAACUGGAAGUGCAGGAGUACAUCAAACUACUACAUGAGGGCUUAAACGAACGGCAUCAGUCUCAAAAGGAGUUCAAACCGGUCAUCCUGGGGGAGAUCCCCGCAGCGGCCGAGAUCAGCCCAAAAUGCUGUCAUGCGCUCGACAAAUAUGCAGAGCUACUGCGGCUUGAGGAGCAACUUUCGGAAAACGUGGCUGGACGACACAAGCAUUAUGAUAUGUGGAUCGUCGACCAAGGCGUUGCGGAAGAACUUGACGAGCAGAUCCAAUCGCAGGAUGAAACCUUCGCCUCGGGUAGCAGCAUUCACCAUACAGCGGGGCUGUUGAACUUGAAGUCCUGGAUCCGACUCUCGGAGCGGUUUUUAAUGAACUUCGGCGGUCAGAGACUCGACGACAACUGGACUAACGUCGCUUUCGCCGAUGAGACGCCGUCGGUAACCGCGGACGCCUUCGCAGAUUUCUACGCCCUGACGGUAAGCGUCACUCGGCGCUUGAUUCAUUCGGCGCUUUUCUUCGCCAUGUCCCGGCUGCACAGUAUGAGAGACACUGGUAAUCCCAAAGCGCAGGUUGUCAAACCGCGUGAUGUUCGGACCGCGCUGGACGUGCUGCACAUGAAACACGAUCGUUUCGACUAUUGGGUCGGAUUGGCGCGAAGGUGUCACUUGGACGUGGCCGAUCUUCGCCACCGCAAAGGCUGGAACUCAGUACAUAUGGAUUACAACGAGGUCGAGGACAUACUAUCUGACAGGGUCCCGCUCGACCAGCAACCCGGUGGAAGAAGUAUUUCGAGGCACCAAUCACGGGAUGGGGCUAGUGAUGACGAAGAAAAUGACCAUGCAGCUGGUGUCAGUGGUAAUGGUCCUGUUCAUACAUCGGAGCAGCUGUCAGAUGAGGAGGAUGACCACGCAGAACAAGUCGACCAACAAUCGAGCCUUCUAGAAGAACAGCAGAUAUGGCAAACAUUGGGCCAGUCACCACCCGCCUCCCUCCAAUCGCGCAUCGCGGAGGACCACAAGCGAGCCUCGAAAUUGCGCAGGCCAAUUGGAGACCAUAAGACGCCCGAGGAGCUAGUCGACUGGCGUAAUAGGACCCUAUACCGGGGAGACUGGGAGGAACACGGCAAUGAGGUAUUCGAUAUCUACGAAGACAUAUCCAAACAUCGACGGAAACGCCGUCGUAUUGAAAAGCCCGCUGUGUCGCUAGAUGUAAUCGACUCAUCAAACGACGAGAUAUCCGAAUCCGAUUCCAAUUCCGACUCAGAUGCUGCAGAUGGCGAUGCGGACGAUGUUGAAAAUCAAUUAGACGCUCCAGCAGAUUCAACCGCCGGCGAAACCGAUGAGAUGGAGAUCGGAGACCCUGAACCCGACCUACCAACACUUCAACAAACACCUACCAAAGACUCCCUCGCAACAUCAUCCCCUUCACCAGUCCUCUCUCCCUCAAAACACAGCAAUAUCUCCAUCAAACCCGACCUCUACAACUACGAUCCGAACAAAUACCAGGAUCCCCCGUCAAACUCCGAAGAUGAUCUCCCUGCUAAACACGAACGACGAAAAUCAUAUUCGUCAUUUGAAGCCGAGGAUGACAUGGAUGGAAUACCGUUGCAUUCGCAACCGAUGAGCCCGACUGACUGGCUGUCGGAAUAA